CAAUCGAACAGUAGUUUACAAGGACGUGCGUCAGCCAAAUCAUCUGAAAAAACUUAACUGUUGCGCGAACAAAAAUAGAUCUAAAUCUAGAUUAGUGGCUGCGGUAUUGAAUUUCAAUUAUUGUUCUCUUGACGCUGACGAUCAUCGCAGUCAGGAGCGUACCAAGCUUCAAGUGGCUCUGUUUAACAGUGUAUGUAGUGUUUAUGUUUUGUACAAAACCAACGACAAAAUAUUCUAAACCUACGCCAAUGAAAGAAGCUUAAUAAAAGAUCAAGAAAACGCAAAUUCAAAACAUCGUUUAUUUCCAUGUCGGUUUGUUAUAAUAUACCUAGAGUGUUUCCAUACACAAGCGCUCGAGUCCUCAGCGAAAAUAUCCGCGGUGGCUAUAAAAUACCCGCUCCCGGUGUUUGUUGUGACGUUUCGAUAAAUGUUUGGAUUCGCAGAUCGAAAACAGACAUGGAAGAGAAUUUUAAAUAAAUCCACCAGGGAGAUCAAGUCUAGUGCGCCUCUUUGAUAUCCGGAUGAAGUGAUAAACAAAAGACACCGACCAAUGCAAAUAGGCGCCUCAUAUUGUUUUAUUUGGCGCUCUGAUAUGUCAAAAUGGUCAAAUGGGCUGUGUACUGUAUAGUUUACUUUGUUUUUUUAGUGUGCCAAGGACAGGAUUUAGCAGAUACUGACGGAUUCUCCAACGAUUCACCGUUCAACGUAGAACCAAUUAAAGUAGAAACCGUUCGAGCAAAGGAAGGCACCCACAUCACCAUCAAGUGUGCUAGUCAGUUUCCCAAUCACACUUUCUGGGAAAACAAGGAAUGUGAAUUGUCAUACACAGGCGUCAUGUGCAACCUUAAAGAUCUUACAAACACCAAUGAGAGGCAGGAAUGGACAAAACGUAGCAACAGGCACAGGUUUGAGAUUAGCUCACUAGCGAGAAGUGAUAGUGGGGCAUAUCGAUGCAUCGAGAAGGACAUUGUCAAAAAAGCUGUGAUUAUUGAAGUUGUGGGAAUAGAAAGUUAUGAUGGUCCACCACCAGCCGUUCAAGCUUUGCUGACCUCCAACAUAACCGGACAACUGAAUAUGGAAUUUACAAUCCAGUGCAAUAUCACUAGCAAAAUUCCACCGACCGUCAUAUGGUUUAAAAAGUGCUACGGUUCUAAAUGUGAUAUCGAGUAUGAUGAUAUCUGCUAUUGCCAUCUCAAUAUUUCCACCUCUUUUCACAAUAUCGGCGAUACAUAUAUCAGCAAAAUGAACAUUUUUAACGCAAAAGUGAUCGAUAGUGGAUUGUACGCUUGUUUGGCUGUUACCGAAUAUGGGAAAGACUAUAAAUAUGUGACUAUAAAAGUUCCAGAUGAUGAUAUGAAACCAAACGGUAUCAAUUCAUUUCCUCUUCUAUUUUUGGUUCCACUGGCAUUAGUAGCGGCGCCAGUACUCGUGUGGGUAUGCUACUUUAAAAGAAAAACGAAGAAACGGGUAACUUCCGUAAAAGUUGGCCAACAGCAAGAAGUGUUGCUUAGAGCACCUAGAGCAAUCGUUUAAGUAUUAUCCAAAUAAUUGUUGACUCGUCUGUGAUAUUUAGCUGUACGUAAAUUUAUUUUCAAUAUUUUUUUGCUAAUAAAAAUCAUGUGAUACAAUUUUUUCGUAUUCCUUAUUUCUCAAACAUAGUGCAUAAAAGUACUUAUUGAAAUAGACUUGCUCAAUCUACAAACUGGUGUGUUAUUUGAAAGAUUUUU